CCGUUUCUGUUUCUGUUUGUUUGUGUUUUCAUUUAUUUUAAAAACAGACUAACCGAAGAUGUCGGACGAGCUGCGGUCGGAGCUGCAGACAUAUCUGGACUCGUUAAACGUGCAGACGAGCUGCGUCGAGCACCCGCCGCCUGGACUCACCUGUCGCCCGCAGUGACCGACUCUUCCCCUUUAAGAGAUUCAGGAAGUGCCACGGCUUCCUGGUUCGAGGGGGGCGGCGCCUGGGGAGGGAACAGGUGUGUGUGUGUGUGUGUGUGUGUGUGUGUGUGUGUGUGUGUGUGUGUGUGUGUGUGUGUGUGUGUGUGUGUGUGUGUGUGUGUGUGUGUGCGCUGACAGGGAUGAUGUCAUUCUCCGGCUGAGUCACCUGGGGGACAGAGGGAGGAGGAGGAGGAGGAGACGAGCCGCCUUCAUCACUCCUGCGUUUCUGCCCGAGGAGGCGACGGUGCGAGGACGGAGACCUGCAGAGGAGGAGGAGGAGGAGGAAGAUGCUGCUGUGACAAGAUCUUCUGAGCAACGGCGACAGAGCCGAGCUUCCCCUCUGACCUCUGACCCGGUGGCCUCGUUCGUCGGUUCUGGACGGUGUUGAAGAGGAGGAGGACGAGUCUCGACGUCGCGGCUCAGCCGCACGUGUCGCUCGGUGAAAAGGAGGGCAAAGGUCGUCUUCACCUGCGGCAGCACAUGCAGACAAAGACGGAUGAGACCGGGAAAGUCCUGGAUUAUCAGGCGGGGGAACCUUUUGGAAUCCUUAGAAAUACAGCGUAAUAAAUAAAAACCAAACCUGUGGGAUGUCAAGUAAAAACCUGGAGGUUUCAAACGGGUUCAGUGGAUAUAUAAUCUUCUGACUUUUACACGGAAGUGGAACACAACAUUCCUGGAAAUCCUUUUUAAAUGCUUUUUGUAAAUCUUUUUUUUUUCGCAUUUCCUGCAAUUUGAAAGUAAUGAACCUCAAAGUUAUUUCACGUUAAGGAACGUAAACUGAACACUUUCAACUGGAGUAGUUUUCAUCGUAUUUUUAUUCCUCUCGGCCGGAGGAAAUGUCUCCGUCUGCCUCGAUACGAGAAGGGACGGCGGGGAGUUGAUCCUUGCAGGGAGCGCGGUCGAGAGACUAACAAAGGAGAAAGAGAGAGAAUAUGUCGUGGAAGAGGAACUACUUUGCGUCGGGCGCCGGAGGGAGCGGCGUUGGCAGCGGCGUUGGUGCCGGGCUGGACGGCGGGUUGCAGGGAAUCUUGACGCCUCGCACCAUGACGUCCAUUGCUCCGAGUAAAGGGCUGAGCAACGAGCCGGGACAGAACAGUUGCUUCCUGAACAGCGCCCUGCAGGUCCUGUGGCACCUCGACAUCUUCCGUCGUAGUUUCCGUCAGCUGACGACUCACAAGUGUAUGGAGGACUCGUGCAUCUUCUGCGCGCUGAAGAGCAUCUUCGCUCAGUUUCAGUACAGCAGCGAGAAGGUUUUACCGGCCGACGCACUCCGCAGCGCGCUCGCCAAAACCUUCCAGGACGAGCAGAGGUUUCAGCUUGGCAUCAUGGAUGACGCUGCGGAGUGCUUCGAAAACAUCCUGAUGAGGAUCCACUUCCACAUCUCGGAUGAGACCAAAGAGGACAUCUGCACCGCCAGACACUGCAUCCCCCACCAGAAGUUCGCAAUGACGCUCUACGAGCAGUGUGUGUGCAGCAGCUGUGGAGCGUCCUCAGACCCUCUGCCCUUCAUUCAGAUGGUCCACUACAUCUCCACCACCUCUCUGUGUAACCAAGCAGUGAAGAUGCUGGAGUCGAGGGAGAAGGCGACUCCGAGCAUGUUCGGCGAGCUGCUGCGAAACGCCAGCAUGGGCGAUCUGCGCAGCUGUCCCAGACAGUGUGGUCAGCAGCUCCGGAUCGCUCGCGUCCUCCUCAACAGUCCAGAGAUCAUCACCAUCGGUCUCGUCUGGGACUCGGAGCACUCGGACCUGGCGGAGGACGUCAUUCACACGCUGGGAACCUGCCUACGUCUGGGCGACUUGUUCUACAGGGUGACGGAGGAAAAGGCCCGUCAGUCGGAGCUCUACCUGGUGGGCAUGGUGUGUUACUACGGGAAACAUUACUCCACCUUCUUCUUCCAGACGAAGAUCCGCCGAUGGAUGUAUUUCGACGACGCACACGUCAAGGAGAUCGGUCCCAAGUGGAAGGACGUGGUUUCCCGCUGCAUCAAGGGCCACUACCAGCCACUGCUGCUGCUGUACGCCGACCCCCGCGGGACGCCGGUGUCGGUGCAGGACCUGCCCUCGCGCCUCGACCUCCACCACCUCAACAAGGCCUGUUACGACAGCGAAGACUCGGGCCGCGAGCCGUCAAUCUCCAGCGACACUCGCACCGAUUCGUCGACGGAGAGCUACUCGUGCCGACAGCCCUCCCACUCUCACCAUGAGUCCCUGGCCAGUCACUACUCGUCCGACUCCCAGGGAACCGUCAUCUGCGUCGAACGUCCUGGUCCGGAAGGACCCCUGCACGCCUCGCACUGCAGCCUGGAUACCAUAGGCCACGUGACGGACAGUGAACAGCAGCAGCAGCAACAGUCUCUGAGGAAGGGACGCGGGGCCGGGGAUAGGAGGCGGAGCUCUAGCCGCAGCCGGCGAUCUAAGCCCGACAAGGAAGCCUCAUCGGCCGGGUACCACAGCGAGGGAGAGACGUUGAAAGAGCAGCAGGUUCCUCGUCACCUUCCCAAACCUUCCUCCUCCUCCUCCUCCUUCUCAUCCUCAACCAGUCGCCUCCGAGACUUCAAGGAGACCAUGAGCAACAUCCUGCACAGCCGACCCCUCUCCUCCUCUUCAUCCACCUCUUUACCGGCCGCCGUCCUAGCGUCCGAAGUCUCAUCCUCCUCCUCCUCCUCCUCCGCCGCCAACGGCCGGCACCCCCUUGCCCCCACUUCUGCUCUCUGCUCCUCCUCCUCCAGUAAACCCCAGGACUGGGAGGCCGAAAGCACGAGCAGCGAGUCCAAGUCCAGCUCCUCUGGAGGAACCGGGUCGGGGAGGUACCGGCCAGCGUGGAAGCCCCGGAGAGAGGUGCUCAACAUCGACAGCAUCUUCAACCGCGAGAGGCGGCGGCAGGCGGGGUACAGCCCGCUCAGCGCCGCGCUGCCCGACGACUCUGCAGCGCCGGGCUCCGAGGGAGCAGACACCUCCUCCUCCUUCCCGACCCCGUUGGAGGUGACGUCUGUCCGGCCCGGUGCCUCCUGGACUCUCCCAUCCGUCUCCAGCAGCCACAGAGGAGGUGGAGGAGCUGCAGAGCUGCCUCCUCCUCCUCCUCCUCCUCCCAGGCUGAUCCAGAGGAUGGAGAGCGGGUACGAGAGCAGCGAGAGGAACAGCAGCAGCCCGGUCAGCCUGGACCUGAACCUGGGAGACAGGGAGUGUGUCAUGAAGAAGCCCUCGACCUCCUCCUCUUCCUCGGGGCCAUCGUGGAGGAACAUCAGGUCAAAGAGCAGCGGCGCUCUGCUGCAGGAGCUCAGCUCGUCCAGCAGAGGGAGCCUCGCGCCCCCCGCAGGCCGCAGCGAGCUGGACGAGCUGCAGGAGGAGGUGCUGAAGAGAGCGAGGGAGGAGGAGCAACAGCGGCGGCAGGAGAAGGAGAAGGAGGCGGCGCUCGGCUUCAACCCACGACCCAGCAAGUACCUGGACCUGGACCAGCUUCAGAUCCAGGGUAAAGGCGACGGUUUAGAGAGGUGUGUGACGGAGGCGGAGCUCCUGCUGGACCAGUCUGUGCGUCUGGAGCAGGCGGGCGAAGUUGCCGCCGCGCUGACGGCUGUCAACGAAGCAGUCUCCAAGCUGCGGCCGGCGGCGCAUGAGGGCGGGGCUAGUAGUCACGGCCGGCUGCAGCGCUGCAUGAGGAGAGCCCGCAGCCUGCAGCAACGCAUGCAACUGCAGCAGCAGCAACCUGAGCAACAACAGCAGGAGGAGGAGGAGGAGCAACAGCCCAGUGAAAAGCCUCUCUCGCUCCAAAUACUUCUGACGAACAGACAGUGCGACCAAUCAGCCACCGGUCAGGCCCAGCAGGCCCCGCCUCUCUCUGCCUACCUUGUUAAGCCCCACCCUCCAAAAACAAACUCUGUGUCUGACCCCGCCUCCAGCACCAGGGCCGCUACAGGUUCUCCCAGGGAGGAGAGCAGGACUCGGGCCACCCUCUCUUACUCCCGCCCCCUCCCUUCUCUAUGUGUGGACACCUUGGAGCAGAGUUCUCUGGAAGAGUUGGCUCCGCCUCCUCCACCUGAGGAGGGGGACCACCCCGCCCAGUGGACCACAACCCCCCCGGUCCCCAUCCCAGCACAAGCCCCGCCCCCACCCAGGCCGUACUCCAGAACCCCAUCACCUGUCGGCCCCGACGACCGGUGUCGGCUGUUGAUGGAGAAGGAGCCAUGUUACAUCAGACAGCCACUUGCAACGCCCACUGUGCCCGGCCCCACCUCCAGACUAGCCCCGCCCCCUCCUACCAGAAACUGGUCCUGCUUACAUCUGGACCUGCCUAACCGCGAUGAUGAGGUUGAUUCUCCUGAUCCACCGACCUUCGUGCACACAGACUCGCCCUCCACAGCCGCUGCCGCCCCGCCUCCUGCAACUCGCCCCGGUGCGACCGCCCCCGUGCCCCCCAGCCAGGACUACAGAGCUGCCCUGCCGGUGGAGCGCUGGGCGGAGAACGUCAACAGAUACUACGGUUCCCAGAAUGCAGGAGGAGGAGGAGCGGGGGGGGAUGCAGCACUGCUCGGCGAGGAGCUGUCAGAGCUGGACUCGCUGUACCAGGCCAGUCUGCUGGCUCCCAGCAUGCACCGGGGCAGCCGCGGAGUCAGUCCUCAGCCCACCGGCAACAAACCAGGUGUGAGGAGGAUGCUGUCAGGAUCUGGACGGUCCAAAACACCGACGGCAGAGAUCGAGAGAUACGCCUACAGAACACCGGUCUCAGCUCUGCAUAAGCCGGCGGUGGGCGAGGACGAGAGCUACAGCGCAGACAACCUGCGACGCAUCGCCCGCAGCCUGAGUGGAACCGCCAUCGGGUCGAGACCCCAGAACAUUGGCCUCUCCCGCAGCUGCGACCCCUCCGCGUCCAGGCCCCCCCCCAGACACCCCGACCUUCACUCCUCCUGUUCCUCCUCCCUCCCCCGUCGCCCCAGCACCUCCUCCCUGCACCUCCCCUCCUCCUCCUCCUCCUUCACAGAUCCCUCCUUCCUCCUCCACCUCCACCACCACCAACCCCGACACCACGGCCCCUCAGCUCCUGCACAUCCUCCACAGCACCUCCCCCCCUCGCAGACAUCACGGCCCCCCAGCUCGGGCCUCUCCACCUGGGGACGCACAGGAUCUGGACCCGGUGUCCAGCAGCAGUCUCUGGUUGUGUCUGACCGGCAUCAAAGUCUCCACAACGUCGCGCUGAGUUAUGGCACUCUGCCCCGGGCUCCUCGCCGAGCCCCGCCCCCCUCUUCCUCCUCUUCCUCCCUCCCCAGGCCCAGAGCUGGCUCCACCCCCGCCCCCCCGCCGCAUGGUCCACAGAAUCUCUACGCCACACUGUCCCACCCUCGCCGCUCUGCCAACACAGCCGCCGCCGCCACUAACAGUCACUACCGGCAACCGUCGCUGCCCAGUAAAGUCAACGGCUCCGCCCACUACCCAUCACACCCACCAGGCCCCGCCCAUCCUCUCCGCCUGGACGUCCCCCCUGAGAGUGACUGGCGACGCGAUGCCGACUACAGGACGCUGCAGCCCGGCCCCCCCUGGGAUCCCCGCGCCGCUCGCCACCAGCGGACCCUCCAGGCUCCGCCUCCUCCUCGGCCCCGCCGGGACCCUCAGCUCUGCUCGCUCUGUCAGCAGCGUCCCGCCACGCCGCAGCUCCCCUACUGCUCGUCCUGCGGCGCCUACGUUGCUCGGUUCCGCCCGGCCAGCUGAUCGGGCCGAGGCCGACGUCACAUAUUCAUCGUUGGGAGCAAAACGACGUCUGAAGGGCGAUGAUUCAACUGAUCGAAACGUCUCGUUUGUUUUUUCUUUUUAUUGAAACGUAUUGAAGAGUUUCUCCUGCUUCACUCCUCACGUCAGACACAGAUCUACAGACGAGUUUGUGUCUGUGAACGUCUCAUCCAGACGAAGCUUCAUGUGACGGAGCCAGAACCAGUUAUUAAUCUUUAUCAUCCACAUCAACGUGUUUAUUAGUCUGUGAGAACAAGACAAACUAGAGCAGCUGCUGCGAUCAAUCCAUGGAAAGAAAACUGAUCGAUCGAUCGAUCGUUUUGUUUCAGAUUCUCAUGCGAGAGAGUUUGUUGUUAUUCUGAUUCUACGUUUCUUUGGAUCAGGGAGUGAAUCCAAAGACUGAACAAGAGGAUUAAAGUCGUCGACUUCAACAAAGUGAAAACAAAAGAUUGAGAGAAUCAAACUAGUCGUUAGUUUCAGCCCCAAUCUGCUUUUUCACCAACAACAGAAUCAAACCAACACGUUUUGAUCUGAAGCGUCUGAGUUUCCUUCAGUUUCAUUUCAGAUGAUUAGUUUUAAUUUGUUCCCACAACCAGAGGCUGAGUUCCAGUAUCGACCACAUCGCUUCUCCAGAACGAGGAAGUUAUUAAAUCCUGAAUCACAGGAAAUACUCACAUCAGGGUUUUUUUUCUCCCCAAAAUGAUUCACACAAAAAAGCGACAAAAGAAGUCAGUUUUAUUUUCCUAAAGGACGAAGAAAAGACUUGAACGACAAGUCGUGCACAGAUUCGUAUUGAAACGGUUUCACCAGAAAGAAGCAGAUUUAUUUUCACACUGUAAAAAUCUUUAUCUGCCUCAAAACCCCGCGUCAGUCAAAAAGAAAAAAAGACUGAAAUGAUUCAUCGCUUCUGAAAUAGUCUGUCGACUGACACGGUGACCCUGACUGCGACCCCGUGACCCUGACUGCGACCCCGUGACCCUGUGACCGUUCUGCAGGAAGUGAAGGACAUGGGACAGGAAGUGAGACUCUGAUUAUAAAUCUAUUUCCUCUUAUUUAUUUUUCUAGGCUUGUCAGACUUGAGUUGUGUGUAGAUGAAACUCAACUAUUCUACCUGCGUAUAACCUGAAUAUAUAUAUAUAUAUACUCUUCUAUUAUUAUUAUAAUAUAGACCUGAUCUAAUUUUUUACAAAGUGAGUUAGUCGCCUCGUGUGGGACGUCCCGCCCUCGUCAUACUGCACCGGGGGGGCGGAGCUCCGUCCUCUCGCAGCCUGUUAGAGGAGUUUAGACCAAGAAUAACUAAAAGCUUUUUACUUUACCAGAGUUGCAGCUAAUAUUUAGCAUGAUGUCGUCAGACGUGUUCUAGCCUUCGCGGAGUCGCUCCGCUCUACUGUACAUCUACUGUAUGGAUUAUAUAUGCAGAUAAUAUUUUCUUUUUUUAGUGCAGUGACUCGACGUAGUUCACGAGUGUUGAAGAUUAGAGCUUCCUUCUCUUUGCUCGUCGCUCUUUUCUUUCUCCCGUCGUUCGGGUAGAAGCUUCUCAUAUUUUUCUGCUCGGACCACGUUCGACUUUGUUCCGUAGAUUAUGAAGGAAAAAUCAUUCAAAAUAAGAAAAAUAAUAAAUCAAAAGACUUCUUUACUACUGCCAAGAACUCCUGGGGGGCGUGCUGACCCCGCCCGCCUGCCUGGGCAGCAGGUGAGCUAAAACAAACGAACCCAAAGUCUGGUCUGAAGUCUGGAAAAUACAGAAAAUAUGUUGCCUAAUAUUAAUAGUAAGUACACAGACCAUUGUUUUUCUCUUAAAGUACAAAAGAGAUUAAUAUGAAAAAUACUAAUUCUGUCCUGAUUGAUUCUCAGUUUCAAAAACCUCAGUAUAAAUCUUUACAAAAGAAGGAAAAUUAUGUUAAAUAAGGAUUUCAUUUUUAAAAAAUUAAAUGAAGAAGCAGGCAGUGAUUUUAUCUUUUCAGGAUAAAAUCCGACUUUAAUUAAACUUUGUUAAGUUUGUGUUUCAGACCAGAUCCUGAGAUCAAAAAACACCAAGUGUCGAUAAUUCAAAUGAAGAGAAAUUAUUAUUUUUUCAUGUCAAAAGUUUUUGUUGGUUUUUUUGCCUUUUUUGCUUCGCCAGAUCUUCUGUUGUUGAUUUGUUGGUAUAUUUUUGAUGCUUAUUUUUCUACUGUAGAGUCGACAGAUGAUUAAAAUGUUUAAAGGAAA